ACGUGGUAUUGAUAAAUCUAUAGACUGGAUGUACCUCGCGUCGUGUACAAUUCUCAUGUACGUUUUAAUUGUAUUACACUACACGUUCUUCAGUAGCGAGCUUUCCUCACUGUUAAAGAACCUGGUUAUUUGAUUCCCUGUGUUGGAACUGUACCGUGCGCUAAUGGUUGUGUUUGUCAGUAAUGCUGCUAUAUGCUGGUCAGUGAUGACUGUGACCGUCUGAUGGACCGUCGUAAGAGCAAAAGGAAUGAAAGGCGGCUGGAGCUACCAAGAGUAAGAACGACCAGACGUGUAAAACCAGAAACUAUCGACUGGAAGUGACAGCUGGUGGGAACAUGUUCAGCGUAUCAUCUUGUUAAUAGAUACUACAUGGUCUAGGGUUGGUAAAGUCAUUCCGUCAUGAAGUAUAAACAGAGGUUGGUAACGGCAGUUGUCAUGGUUGCUGUUCUCGUCUGCGUAGCGACACUUUACAAAGGGGCGACAACCCUUAUAAAUAGAUCCUCCAAAGACCGCGAUGCUCAAUUUGGUGGCUUCGUCGCCGACUUGGCACGCGGAAGAUAUUUAGGUGGCGCCUUUGGAACAUGUCCCUCAGAAAAGGCAACCGCGACUUACAUGGUGGACGAUUUUUAUGACAAAGUUUUGUUUACAAAAAACGCGAGGAAUGGUUUAUACAUUCUGAACGAAACAGAAACUGCCUUUGUAGAUCAUCGGAUGAAGAAAAUCAUGAGCCCGACAGAGCCGUUAACUGUAAUUGUUGUUCCGCAUUCUCAUAACGAUCCCGGCUGGCUUUGGACAUUACAAACUUACUACGACGUCCGGACCAGACAUAUUAUUUCCAACACUGUCAAAUUUCUCAAGGACACACCUGAUUUCCGGAUGAUCUGGUCGGAGACCAUAUUUUUAAAAAUGUGGUGGCAAGACGCUAACCCACAGGACAGGUCACAACUCAAGUUACUUUUGAAAAAUGGUCAGCUAGAAAUACUGUCUGGGGGCUGGGUGUCCGUAGACGAGGCGACGACUCACUACACAGCCGUCCUUGACCAGUUAAUCGAAGGUCAUCUGUGGAUUAAGGACAAUCUUGGAGUAACCGUAAAUACAAGCUGGUCAAUCGAUCCGUUUGGGUAUUCUUUAACACUGCCGUACCUGUGGAAGAAGGCAGGCAUGUCUAACAUGGCAAUCUUACGUAUACAUGGUGCUGUCAAAUCUUACAUGGGAAACCGACAACUUCUUACAUACCAGUGGCGACAGCCCUGGGAUGUCCCCGGAGUCCAUGACAUCACAUGUCACGUGGAACCUUAUACCCUGUAUAACAUUGAGUACAGCUGUGGUCCAAACAUGGAAAUAUGUAAACGGAUGGACUUUGCACGUGAGCCAGAUUUCCCUCCUGAAAAUAGUCUCCCAAACGCUAAUCAUAAACGUGGCAUUGCGACGCAGAAUUUCGAACAACUUGCGAAAUCAAUUGUCGAACAAUAUCGACUUAAGGCGACUCAAUAUAGCCACAAUGUUAUUUUAAUGCCGCAUGGAGACGAUUUUCGGUACGUCAGCGAUUACGAGUGGCAACGGCAGUAUACGAACAUGAAGCGUCUCAUCACGUUUGUCAAUUCUAAAACGGAAUGGAACGUGAAAAUGAAAUUUGGCACUGUGGGUGAAUAUUUUGAUAUAUUGAAAAAAGAAAUAAAAAAAGCGGAAGAAAAUGGAAAACCAGAGCCGGUGAUAACCGGAGAUUACUUCACAUAUACCGACCGUGAUCACGAAUACUGGAGUGGAUAUUACACCACAAGACCUUUUGACAAAAGGAUGAUUCGUUCGUUAUUGGAAUUACUUAAAGUCACCGAAAUUGUGACAUCAUAUACAAUUGCUCAUUCACAACAGCAUGGUCAUGUGUUUGUGGGACUUCCGGAAGUGCUCGGAGCCCUUCAAAGUGCACGGCGAACACACGGACUUGUUCAGCACCACGACGCCAUAACGGGAACGUCUGCUCACCCAACAGUGAUGGAUUUUGAAAAAAGGGUAUUCGAUGCUAUUUCAAAAUUACAGCAGGUUCUAGGCAAGAGUCUUCAACAGCUUCUACUGACAAAGUCAACUCCAGGAUCACCCAUAGAGCCGCUGUAUAUUCAGUCAUCUCCCGAAACCACGCUCAACCCAAAAGUUCUACAGCUUAGCGAGAGCGGCUCUAGUCUUGUUUUUAUCAAUGGCUACACACAAAGACGAAAGGAAGUACAGAGUAUCCUUGUAAAUACUCCAGACGUUGAAAUUUUUGACGAAGUGGGUAAUUCUAUUUCAGUUCAGGUUAGCCCAUACAUUGGUGAAAAUACAGCGGAAUAUGGUUCUGCAACGGGAAAAUUUAUUAUCCUAAAGUAUUAUCAAGUAUACUUUGAACUUUCUAUCGCCCCAGUGUCCUGUGUAUCGUAUAUUAUCAAAAAGUCGAAAUCGCCCUCAACGAUAACGCCUAUCGUUUCCAUCUAUAACGGAAAGCUUCAACAGUCAGGGCCUUCAGUCUUUGAUAUUCGAGAACUCCAAGGGAAUAUCAGCGGGGUAUUGAAGAUAGAGACCCCUCAUCUUGUAACAGAAUUUUCUUCCAUCAAUGGAACUCUUCAGCGAAUGUGUGAAAACCGUGAUAAGGGCGUGUGUGCCGAUCUGAAACUGGACUGGGUCAGCUACCAGACUGGAAACAGUAAUGCGUACACGUUUGGUACCUCCGUUAAAGCGAUACAGAGCCUUCUUGGAGUAACACGCCCGAUUGUAGUGAUAUCCGGUAAACUGGUAUCUCAAGUAAGAAUCAGCCAUGCCCACUUCCAGCACGUCGUUACGUUGUAUCAUAACGAAGGUACCCAGGGUAAGGCUGUGCACAUCGAUAAUGUUGCCACGCUAAACCCUAAAAUGAAUCCGGAUGUGGAACUAAUGAUGAGGUUCGAGACGGAUAUCGUAAAUGAACAUGGUCGAUAUUUCACAGACUCGAACGGAUUCCAAUUAGUCAGCAGACGAUAUAGAAGCGAACUUCCUAUUGGUGCUAAUUUUUACCCAAUCACGUCAAUGAUGGUACUUGAGGACAAGUCGCGCCGCCUGACUCUACACGCCGCCCAGCCUCAUGGCGUAGCCAGUCUUAGGGAUGGACACAUCGACGUGAUGAUGGAACGUAUACCAAUGAGUAAAGGAAAGGGUCUAGAAGAAGCAGUUCUUGACCAGAAACCUGCCCCCAGUAAAAUGCUUUUGUCGCUAGAACACGCUUCCUCUUCGAGACCUUCCCAACUUGGUAACAAAGACUUUGUCGAGUUCCCGUCUCUCACUGCACACUUACUAAACGACCACCUACAGAAUCCUAUACAGACUUUCAUGAUAGCCCGUGUACAGUCUUCCCUUAAACCCGUUCUCACCAUGUUACACCAUACCCUCCCGCCUGACGUCAUCUUCUCCAACGUCAAGACAAUGAUGACGGAUGGUCUGGCAUUCUCUGGAACAGGAGUGACGCUUCACAGGAGAAAAAGCUCGUGUGUGUUCGUGGAUGGUGACGUCAGUAAAGCACCGAUCAAUCUUAAAACACUUUUUAAUAAUGUGGAUAUCGACCAGCUGGAUAAGAUGGCCUUAACUCAUGUGCAUUUAGACACACCGAUGACAGGACAACAAAAUAUUCACAUCGAGCCAGGCGAAAUGGAUUCCUAUUACAUCAGAUGGAAAUAAAACUAAAGUUCAGUUUAUAGUAAAGGUCGUGUAAGUGCUUCCGUGAAGAAUGUGUGAGCAAUCAUUAGAUUAUUUACUAACGUCAAAUUUGACACUAUAAUGAUAAUGUGUGUCUGUGGUGGUGUGGUGAUGUGUGUGUGUUAUGUGUGUGGUGGGGUGGUGGGGUGUGUGUGGGGAGGGGGGAUAGAUACUUGUGUGAAAGGUAAUAGUUCAACAGAGGUGUUAUCGAAGUUAAGGGAUGCUUUAAUGUUUUCAAUAAGAUUCGUCAGUUUAUAUAUACAAAAACACUGUACCUAUCAAACGUGUCGUGACGUUUCAAGACCGACUGGUCUCUUGUGAAGUUAUGACUGAGUGAGACCGACUGGUCC